CCUCCACCUAGCGUCGCUCCACAGUCUCCAUUUGGGGCUAGGGCUCUCCGCCUCUCCAAUUUGGGGCUAGGGCUUUGCCUUCGCCGCCGAUUUGGGCUAGGGCUUUGCCGCUCCGCCUCUCCAGUCGGCUGCAUCUGCGAUUUGGGGCUAGGGCUUUGCCGCCGCCGCCGAUUUGCCUCUCCAGGCAGCGCCGCUUCCUUCGGGUUUGGAGAUUGAGGGGAUUUCGCUGCGAUUUGGGCGAGCGGCUGAAAAUCGAAGCUUGGGUCCGCCGAUUUGGGGAUGAGGCCAAAGUGUAUAAUAUUAACACAUGGAGGUCAAUGGAAUGAUAUUACGUAUGUGGGUGGGCAACGAGAAUUUGUUCGUGUGCCUCCGGAUGGGAUGAAGUAUGUGGAAUUGUUGAGAAAAGUUGGGUGUGCCGUGCAAGCUGAUACAAAUGUUCAUGCUUAUGUGAUUGAUGCAAUAGUGCCAUCCCCGUUAGAUGAAUUAUUGAGAAUGAAGAUAACGGACGACGAUGAUUUGGUGUAUGUAAUGGAAUUAUUUGAUGUCCCUACUCUCUAUGUCACACUUUCUCCUAGGAUAAAUACUUCUAAAGAGCACAGUUCUAUGAACUUGUUGAAUGCUCAAAUGCAUCAAGUUCAACAUACGUAUGUGCACCAGAUGAGUAAUAUUCCACAUUCGAGGCCUCCUGUUGGUAAUGAUGCUGCCAUUAAUCCUCCGAAUGUGAACAUUAUGAAUGAGAGGGAGGAUGUGAGAGAUUUAGAAUCAGCUGAUGGUGUUCAGACUGAUUGCAUUCGCGAGCAAGGUGUUGGUGAUGAAGAUCGAAGAGAUGAUGAUGUUGAAGCUAAUAAUAAACAUGUUGAUAGAGGUUAUGAGAGAGAUAUUCAUAAUGUGCCACCAAUAGGUAGUUCUAGUUGUAAUGAAGAAGAACACAGACAAGGACCGCGGCAGUGGGUUAUUCCUGGUGCUAAGUAUCAUGCAUCCCUUCUUAUUGAACCAGAAAUAUCUUAUGAUUACAACAGUGACACAAUUUCGAUUGGUGCUAUAUUCACAGAUAAAGAAAAUAUGAGAAUUCAAUUGGGAUUGUAUCACUUGUUGAAUCGGGUGGAAUAUAUUGUUGAUCGAUCAACUAAGAGAAGAUUUGGAGCUCUUUGCAAAUUCAAAGAUCAAUGCUCUUUCUUGUUGCGUGCUACGGCAUACGGGGCGAUUUGGAGAAUUUUUAAGUUGGUUGCUCAUACUUGCCAAAAGGAUUUGAGGCUUCGUUGUCGCCCAACAAUUUGUGCAAAGGUCGUAGGUGCAUACUUUGCACCGACUUUGUCGAAAGAAGGAUCUAUAUUGAAGCCGAAAGAGAUACAAGCACAAUUGAAGAGAGACUUUGGUGUUGAUGUAGACUACCACACGGCAUUGGCUGGGAGGAAUCAAGCAAUCACCAUGAUACACGGUGAUAAAGGAGAUAAAGACAAGUCUUUCCGAUCUAGCUUUCAAUCAUCUUCAUCACAUCCUCGACAUGCUCAAGUUUGUUCUACAUGUCAUAAAAGUGGUCAUAAUCGAGCUAGGUGUACUGAAGAUGUCCCCUUGACACAAGAUGAAGAUGUUAGUAGUAACCAUCUUACUAUGCCUAGGAAGCGUAGGCCAAAGCGAUGUGGAAUUUGUGGUGAGGUUGGUCAUACCCGUGGUAAAUGUACUCAAAGAGUGGUGUAAACAUUUCACUAGGUUUAGUUUGAUUAUUCUUAGAUUAUGAACUUCGUUUUAAAACUUGUGGAACUUUGUGUUUGGGUUAGGUAAUUAUCAACUUUGAUUAUUAUUUGUUA